UCAGAGUUUCAAUGCUACAGGCUUUAAUUGUAACAUAACGGAGAAUAUAUUAUUUUAACACAUUUUGUUUACUGUUACAAGAACUGGACUUGGGAGGUUGUGGUAGAAAAACAGCACGUGAUCAGCGAAGAGGUGAGCACAAAAUCAUAUAUUAGAAACAUAUUGGAUGUGGUGGCGCUAUUUACUCUUUCUGGUAGGGCUGACGUCACAAGCCUGUGCUUCAGACCUUAAACUGGUGUGUUAUUACACGAACUGGGCAGUCUAUAGACCUGGACUAGCUAAAUUUUCUCCAGAAAAUAUCAAUCCAUUUCUGUGUACUCACUUGAUCUAUGCUUUCGCUGGUUUUGGCAAGGAUUACGAGUUGAAGCCUCUCGACUCAUACAAUGACAUUGAAAAAGGUAAUUACAGGAAGUUUGUGGGUUUGAAAAAACAUAAUCAAGAUCUAAAGACGAUGAUUGCCAUUGGUGGAUGGAACGAAGGAUCUAAAAGGUUUUCUAGGCUUGUUCGAGAAUCUUCUACAAGAGAAAAGUUUAUUCACAGCGUCAUACGCUACUUACGACAAAACAGGUUCGAUGGUUUAGAGUUGGACUGGGAGUAUCCAGGGUCCAGGGAUGGUAGUAGUAACGGUGACCGCAAGGGUUAUGCUCUUUUGAUUAAGGAACUUCGAGAGGCGUUUAAUCAGGAAGGAGAUUCACGCAGGAAGGAGAGGUUGAUACUUUCUGUCGCAGUGCCUGCUGGGAAGGACUACAUUGAUAACGGCUACGAUGUUCCAGAAAUUUCUAAGUACGUGGACUUCAUGAACGUGUUAUCCUACGAUUACCAUACAGCUUACGAAGCAAUAGUCGACCAUCACGCUCCUCUAUAUAAACCCCCCGAUGUUGGUCGAUGGGAUGAACGAAAUAGACUGAAUCUGAAUUGGACUAUAAGUUACUAUCUGGAACUAGGAGCUCCUAGGCACAAAUUAAUAGUAGGAGUUCCUACUUAUGGACGAUCAUUUACCCUACUGGACCCUGAUGACAACGAGAUCAAUGCUGCUGCAGAUGGGCCUGGUGAGGAAGGUUCAUCAUCCAGAGAAAAGGGAUAUUUGUCUUAUCAUGAGAUCUGUCAGAAUAUUCUUGAAAAGGACUGGGAAGUAAGACGCCCCUACUCAGAUAUUUUUGGACCCUACUGUUUUAAAGACAAUCAGUGGGUUGGAUUUGAUGACGAAGUGAUAAUAACCAAGAAAGCAAACUACAUCAGAGAACAAGGCUUAGGGGGCGCUAUGGUGUGGACAUUAGCUGAUGAUGAUUUUCGAGGUUUGUGUGGGGAAGAGCAAAGCCCCUUGGUAACGACAUUACGUAAUGCUUUGCUCACUGGAAAUAAAGAACAUCCAAUUAAAUCUGUCGUCCAGACAAUACUAGACGAAGUCAAACAGCAACUAUCACCUGACAGUGAAUCAUACCGCAAAAAGUACAGGCGUCUUUCUGGUUACAAUAGGCUGAGAGACUCUGCCAGAACUAACAGCGAGAAUCCCAAGUACCUUCUUCAAACACCAAAGCCUCCAACAACCCCUGAUCCAGGUGGUGAUUUCAUAUGCACAGAUGAAGGUUUCUUUAGGAAUCCUAGAAACUGCAAGAAGUACUAUUGGUGUCUUGACAGUGGGCCUGCAGAACUAGGUAUCGUUCCUCAUACUUUCACUUGUCCUGCUGGUUUGUACUUCAAUCCCCAAAGGGAUUCUUGUGAUUAUCGCCAGAAUGUGCAUUGUGAAGAAGAAUCUGCUCCAAAACCAACAACCUCCAGACCUUCUCGAACAACCAGACGACCAUUCCGCUUCAAACGUCCACGCCUUAGUUUCCGUAAAACCACGACGACUACCACAACAGAAGUCCCACAAACUCAGGCCCCAACCACUCAUAACUUGGCUGAUUUGGUCCGACUGCUUCAGUCACUUCUGAAGACAGAACAGACAACUGAGGAGGUUACUACUCUUGUUUCAGAGACAUUGGCUCCAACAUCUAGAACCCUUCCAGACUACAUAACUCCCCAGUUUUCCAAAGUUCAGUCCGUAACACAAAGUAUAACAAGCACAUCUUCACCAACCUCAACAGAGAGCUCUCCAACAUUAAAUAUCCCACGUUACCGACGACCCAUACGUCCCUCUCAAUAUUUACCUGCUACAUUAUCACCAAAAGAUUUCAGUAGUCCAUCACCUGGCCACCUGACCAACCAAGUUCCGCGGAGGCCACAGUUCGAAGCUGAACCAGAUAGUGAAAAGCUCUUUAAGUACGUAGAACCAAACAGGCGACAGACUUCAAGCAGAUCUAACAAAACACAAGAAGAAAGUAAUCCCUUUUCGAACUACCAGGACCCAGACAGGUCAUCUGAUCCAGAAGAAAGAAAAGAAACCGACUCCUUGUUUAUCUACAAAAAUCCAGAAAGAACUAAAGUUCAAACACCCACAGAACCUCCUCUUGAAGUUGAACCUGCUACUCAAUUCACACAUACUUUACCUAAUAAUCCAAUUCAGUAUAACACCCCAAUCCGAUCAAGUCCAACUCCCACAACAACGCCACAUAAAGAGAAUAAAAAGGUUCAACUGCUAAACCGCAAACGUGGACAUCAAAGGUUCCGGCCACGAUUUCGGAUAAGGACACGCACAAGAUCAAGAGAAAAUGAAGAUGCUGUUUCUUCUCGGGUUAGCUCGGUGACCUUGCCAAAGGACCAAGAACUGCAAGACUUUAAACCUGUCCAGCGAGCCAUACGUCGUCGGUUGCGGCCAUUGAGGACUACAACAACUCCUGCACCUCGAGGACCUGGAGUGACCGUGGCAGAAAGUAUGAACGUGCAGUGCAUGCGUCAGGGUAUCCACCGAAAUCCAAAAAACUGUAGUCAAUUCAUCAUGUGUGCUCCAGUAUUUGAAGAAGGUUUCCGAAGCUACUUUUACGAUUGUCCAGAUGGGAAAAUUUUCGACGAAACCUUGGGUAGAUGUACAACUGGAAACCCAGAUACUUGUGAAAUCACCGUUUAACAAUCUCGUGAACUUUCUUUCGUCCUUCGUUCACCACUGUUGCUGUUUAUUAAAUCGUUCUGAUCAUACCAGUUCCAUUAGCAUAUUAUAACUGUUAAUAUGAUGUCAAAUAACCCAGUAAAAUAAGGUAAAGCAAACCUUUAAAUAUUUAAUAUGGUUGAAUACAACAAAAUAAUUAUUUUCCUUUUUUUUGUCCAGUGGAAAGGAUGUUUAUAUUGAAAUGUGCCGAUAUAGUAACGAAUACUGGUAAUACGAAGGGUUGUGAUGAAAACUUCCAUCAUAAGAUCUUUAUUUCCAUUAAGUUUUUCACUUAAACGUUUCUAUGAACUUAUUCAUAAUCUGAAUUAACAUAAUUACAAUAUUCUACUAUUCAUAUUACCAACAAUUCCAAGCAAAUAUUUUGUUUUUGGAAUAAAAGUAACCGAUAUGCCAGAAUAAUAACGUAUUUGCAUGUAUAUGAAUCGGUGAUGCAUAUUAAAACCUUGUCGUUCGAAA